UUUUUGUUGUCGCGACGAUGUCUUGUGCAUGUUGUGGUACUGAUACUGGUGCAUAAUGUGAUUUGUUCUAUUUUUGGUUCCUCUUUUAUAUAUUAGUUUUUGAAAUAUGAGAGAAAUUAUUGGAAUAUGGAUAUGGUUUUUUCAAUUGGAGUUAAUUCUGCUCUCUAUUGUGCCAUAUUUGAAAGCAGCUGUGGUGGCACCGCCAUGGGCAAAUCCAAAGCUGAAUCCGUGCGCAUCACACCCUAGAGGUUGGCAACUACUAUUUUGGCCACCAGAUGGAAAAUGUUACAAAAUAUUUCAGGUCGGCCAUCCUUGCGCGAACGGCAUGGAAUUGACGCCAUCUCUGAGCAAAUCCGGCAAAAACCUGUCAGCAGAGUGUCGGUGCGUUCCCCAAACAGCUCAAUCUGCGACAGAUGGAGCUUGCUAUCACCUGUUUUCGUCGGGACCAUGCAAACCCGGAUAUUAUUUUGGACCGGAUACGAAAUACAAAAGCGAAAAUUCCAAGCGGCAAUGGGGCACUUGCAAGCAAAUGAAAUCCUGCUCUUCCGACGAUACCUCGUUGUUUUGGCCGAAAGAUGGAAAGUGUUAUCAAAGAUACGGUAGGGGACCUUGUCCCAAAGGUCAGUUGCUGACGGUCGAGAAAAACGGUAAAAUUCCAGUGUGUAAAUGCGAUGACCAAGAAAUGGAAAAUUAUAGACACGUCGAUAGGCUUUGUUAUCAGCAUUACACCAAAGGACCAUGUUUAGAAAAGGGUCACUUGUAUCUGCCAGACAAAAAGUGUGGAUGUCACAGUUAUUUACCCAAUUAUCACAAAGAAACACAACAAUGUUUCGAACUAGGUACAAUCGGGCCUUGCGCCCAAGGCCAGCACUACAUCCUCGAAACCUCGAACGACAUCCACGCCACGUGCAGCUGCAAACCGGGCUACGUCCAAUACCUCAACUCCACGUCCUGCUACAGACUGUACACCAAAGGUCCCUGCGCCAAAGGACAAAUCCUGCUGGAUCCCACCACGUGCAUCCGUCAACCGUGCGAACGAGGCAGCCUGUACUUCCCCGACGAGAACCGCUGUCAUCGCAUCGGAUCGCGCGGCCCGUGCUCGGCCAAUCGCGUCGUUGCCUUCGAUUUCGAGACCCGCCCAUCGGUGGACGGGAUCAGUUAUAACGGCGUGUGCGCGUGCGCAAACAAAGACUGCGAGCCGGCGCGCGAGUACUGCGAUCGCACUAAAGGACUCGUUCGGUACAAGGGAGAGUGCCAUAAGAUGUACACGCAAGGACCGUGCGCAAGGGGUUCUUGGUUGGUACCGAAACGGAACGGCAGGGAGGAGGUAUUCGGAGAGGGGAGGAAGGAGAGAAUGGGGAUGUGCGAGUGUAUACCGGGGUACGCUAGGAAGGUGAGGACGAUCGGGAACGAGACUGUGACUCUGUGCGCCUCGCCGGCCGUCGUUUUGGCCGAAUAUUUGAACGGGAACCGAACCGAAAUCCAAGUCGUUAGUGUAAGUUAGAUUGUAAGGAAUUCAACGAAAAUGCGAUUUUUUUUU